GCUGAAGAAGAUUGUCACUCUGAUUUGGUAAGAACUGAUGAUAAUGAAAGAUCCGGUGAAGCAAAUCUUCAGGCGGAGCUCCAGAUGUUCAGAGCUCAGUGGAUGUUUGAGCUUGCCCCAGGUAUGAGUUCUAGUGGGUUGGAACCUCUGCCAUGCAGAGCGUCUUCAAGAGGACCUGGAGUAAAGUCUGUAGAUGCCAGAGGGAAACAGGAGAUAGCAGAAGAGGAAAAGGCAAAAGAACUUUUCCUGAAAGCAGUGGAAGAAGAACAAAAUGGGGCUCUUUAUGAAGCCAUCAAGUUUUACCGUCUAGCCAUGCAGCUUGUACCUGACAUAGAGUUUAAGAUCACCUAUACACGGUCCCCAGAUGGUGAUGGAGUUGGAAAGAGGUGUGUUGAGGAUAACAAAGAGGAUGACAAAAUGGCUGAUCUCCUGUCGGAUUUCCAGCACCAGUUAACUCUUCAGGAAUCUUCAGUCAAACUUUGUCAGCCUGAGGUUGAUGUCAGCCAGACCCAUAUCUCAGUGUUGCCUUUGGAAGUACUAAUGUACAUUUUCCGAUGGGUGGUUUCGAGUGACUUGGACCUAAGAUCAUUAGAGCAAUUAUCUCUUGUCUGUCGAGGAUUUUACAUUUGCGCCAGGUAA